AUGGCCGCUUACAAAAAGGAGGAGGGGGAGGCCACUGGGUGCAAAGCGCGCUUCCACCGCUACAGCCCUCGGAGGUCGGCUGCGCUCGUCCUGGGCUCCAGCGCCCUCACCUGGUGGCCCGGCUUGUCCCAGCCGCGGCUCUCGGGCUUAGGUCUGCGGCUCCCCGAGCUGCCGCCAGAGCCCGCCCGGGUCCGGCCCCCACAGGCCGCCCACCUCGGUAAGAACUCCCUUUUAAAGCCAAGUUUUGAUGUGAGAGCCACGGCCUGGCUGAAGCCCUGUCCAGGAGACAGUGAGCCAGGGAGUCGUCUCCAUGUCAGCGGUCUGGAGAGGGACCCCAGGCGCGCCCGCGGGCGGGGAACAGGCGGCUCUGCGUGCCCAGGCGCGGCGCCACCAUGGACAGCUCCCAGCUACUUCCGCCACUCGGGGCCUGUGGCCGCUCUGUGGGUGACUCUGUGUCUCCUGUUGGUGCUUACUCUGGAGAUGCAUUUCACUCUGCACUUACGUUUCAGGGAGCAUGCUGCUGGAGUGAGAGCUGCUGGGAGGCACGAUGUCUCCCUCAAGGUUGUGCUGGCCAUGGGCUGGCUCCUCCUGGUUGACUUCUCAGGGGCCGCAUCUGCAGUGGCAGCUGAAUGUCCUGACCAGAACCCUGAACUGCAGCCUUGGACGCCUGGCCAUGACCGAGACCAUCAAGUACAUAUUGGUCAGGGCAAGAGAUUACUGCUCACCUCUUCUGCCACGGUCCACUCCAUCACCAUCUCACAGGGAGGCAAGCUUGUCAUUAAAGACCACCACGAGCACAUUGUGCUGCGUGCCCGGCAUAUUCUGAUUGACAACGGUGGAGAGCUGCAUGCUGGGAGUGCCCUCUGCCCUUUUGAGGGCAAUUUCAGUAUUGUGCUGUAUGGAAGGGCUGAUGAAGGCAUCCAGCCGGACCCUUACUAUGGGCUGAAGUACAUCGGAGUGGGCAGAGGAGGCACUCUGGAGUUGCACGGACAGAAAACGCUCUCCUGGACAUUUCUAAACAAGACCCUGCGUCCUGGCGGCAUGCAGGAGGGAGGAUAUUUUUUUGAAAGGAGCUGGGGCCACCGUGGAGUCAUCGUUCAUGUCAUUGACCCCAAAUCGGGCACCGUUGUCCAUUCUGACCGGUUUGACACCUACAGAUCCAAGAAGGAGAGUGAGCGACUGGUCCAGUAUUUGAAUGCGGUGCCUGAUGGCAGGAUCCUUUCUGUCGCAGUGAAUGAUGAAGGCUCUAGAAACCUGGAUGACACAGCCCGGAAGGCAAUGACCAAGCUGGGCAGCAAGCACUUCCUGCACCUUGGAUUUAGACACCCUUGGAGCUUCAUCACUGUGAAAGGAAAUCCCGCCUCUUCAGUAGAAGACCACAUUGAAUAUCAUGGUCACAGAGGCUCCGCUGCCGCCCGGGUUUUCAAGCUGUUUCAGACGGAGCAUGGUGAACAUUUCAAUGUUUCUUCAACCAGCGAAUGGGUUCAAGAUGUGGAAUGGACAGAGUGGUUCAACCACGAUAAGGUGCCUCAGAGCAAAGGUGGAGACAAAAUUUCAGAUCUCCGAGCAGCUUACCCAGGAAAAAUCUGCACUCGACCUAUUGACAUACAGGCCACAACAAUGGAUGGAGUUGCCCUCAGCACUGAGAUUGUCUACAAAAAUGGCCAAGAUUACAGGUUUGCUUGCUACCAUCGGGGCCGAGCCUGCCGCAGCUACCGAGUGCGAUUCCUAUGUGGAAAAUCUGUGAGGCCCAAGCUCACGGUCAGCAUCGACACCAACGUAAACAGCACCAUCCUGAGCCUGGUAGACAAUGUGCAAUCCUGGAGGCCUGGAGACACCCUGGUUGUCGCCAGCACGGACUACUCCAUGUACCAGGCAGAAGAGUUCCAAGUGCUCAGCUGCAAAGCAUGUGCCUCUACGCAGGUCAGAGUGGCAGGGAAGCCACAGUACCUACAUAUUGGGGAGGAGAUUGAUGGCGUGGACAUGCGGGCUGAGGUCGGGCUCCUGACUCGGAACAUUGUGGUGAUGGGCGAGAUGGAGGACCAGUGCUACCCCUACAGCAGCCACAUCUGUGACUUCUUUGACUUCGAUACCUUUGGGGGUCACAUCAAGUUUGCUCUGGGAUUUAAAGCAGCCCACUUGGAGGGCGUGGAGCUAAAGUACAUGGGGCAGCAGCUGGUGGGCCAGUACCCAAUUCACUUCCACCUGGCUGGAGAUUUGGAUGAACUCGGAGGCUAUGACCCACCUACGUACAUCAGGGACCUCUCCAUCCACCACACAUUCUCCCGCUGUGUCACUGUCCAUGGCUCCAAUGGCCUGUUGAUCAAGGAUGUUGUGGGCUAUAAUUCUUUGGGCCACUGCUUCUUCACUGAAGAUGGGCCAGAGGAACGCAACACUUUUGACCACUGCCUCGGCCUCCUGGUUAAGUCGGGAACUCUCCUCCCAUCAGAUCGGGACAGCAGGAUGUGCAAAGUGAUCACAGAGGACUCAUACCCAGGGUACAUUCCUAAGCCCAGGCAGGACUGCAAUGCUGUGUCCACUUUCUGGAUGGCCAAUCCCAACAACAACCUCAUCAACUGUGCAGCUGCCGGGUCCGAGGAAACUGGAUUUUGGUUCAUUUUUCACCAUGUGCCGACGGGCCCCUCUGUGGGAAUGUACUCCCCAGGUUAUUCCGAGCACAUUCCACUGGGGAAAUUCCACAACAACCGAGCACAUUCUAACUACCGGGCUGGCAUGAUCAUAGACAACGGAGUCAAGACUACUGAGGCCUCAGCCAAGGACAAGCGGCCCUUCCUCUCCAUCAUCUCUGCCAGGUACAGCCCUCAUCAGGACGCAGACCCGCUGAAACCCCGGGAACCGGCCAUCAUCCGCCACUUCACCGCCUACAAGAACCAGGAUCACGGAGCCUGGCUUCGGGGUGGGGAUGUGUGGCUGGACAGCUGCCGGUUUGCUGAUAAUGGCAUCGGCCUGACCCUGGCCAGUGGCGGAACCUUCCCAUAUGACGAUGGUUCUAAGCAGGAGAUAAAGAACAGCUUGUUUGUUGGCGAGAGUGGCAACGUGGGAACAGAAAUGAUGGACAACAGGAUCUGGGGCCCGGGUGGCUUGGACCACAGUGGAAGGACCCUUCCUAUAGGCCAGAAUUUUCCGAUCAGAGGAAUUCAGUUCUACGAUGGUCCCAUCAACAUCCAAAACUGCACCUUCCGAAAGUUCGCAGCCCUGGAGGGCCGGCACACUAGUGCCUUGGCCUUCCGCCUAAACAAUGCCUGGCAAAGCUGCCCCCACAACAAUGUGACCAACAUUGCCUUUGAGGAUGUCCCGAUUACUUCCAGAGUGUUCUUCGGAGAGCCAGGACCCUGGUUCAACCAGCUGGACAUGGAUGGGGACAAGACAUCUGUGUUCCAUGACGUGGACGGCUCUGUGUCGGAGUACCCUGGCUCCUACCUCACUAAGGAUGACAACUGGCUGGUUCGACACCCAGACUGCAUCAAUGUCCCAGACUGGAGAGGGGCCAUCUGCAGUGGGCGCUAUGCACAGAUGUACAUCCAGGCCUACAAGAGCAGCAACCUGCGCAUGAAGAUCAUCAAGAAUGACUUCCCUAGCCACCCCCUCUACCUGGAGGGGGCCCUCACCAGGAGCACCCACUACCAGCAGUAUCAGCCCGUCAUCACUCUGCAGAAAGGCUAUACCAUCCACUGGGACCAGACAGCCCCAGCAGAGCUUGCCAUCUGGCUCAUCAACUUCAACAAGGGCGACUGGAUCCGAGUGGGGCUCUGCUACCCAAGAGGCACCACCUUUUCCAUCCUUUCGGAUGUUCACAAUCGCCUGCUGAAGCAAACAUCCAAGACCGGGACCUUUGUGAGGACCAUGCAGAUGGACAAGGUGGAGCAGAGCUAUCCAGGCAGGAGCCACUACUACUGGGAUGAGGAUUCUGGGUUGCUCUUCCUGAAGCUAAAAGCCCAGAACGAAAGGGAGAAAUUUGCCUUCUGCUCCAUGAAGGGCUGCGAGAGGAUCAAGAUCAAAGCCCUGAUCCCAAGGAACGCGGGCAUCAGCGAUUGCACGGCCACUGCUUACCCCAGGUUCACCGAGAGGGCCACAGUGGAUGUACCAAUGCCCAAGAAGCUCUUUGGAGCUCAGCUGAAGACAAAGGACCACUUUCUGGAAGUGAAGAUGGAAAGUUCCAGGCAACACUACUUUCACCUGCGGAAUGACUUCGCUUAUAUUGAAGUGGAUGGGAGGAAGUACCCUUGUUCAGAAGACGGCAUCCAGGUAGUGGUGAUUGAUGGGAAUAGAGGUCACGUGGUGAGCCAUGGGAGCUUCAGAAAUGCCAUUCUGCAGGGGAUACCCUGGCAGCUCUUCAACUACGUGGCAGCUGUCCCUGACAAUUCCAUAGUUCUUAUGGCAUCGAAGGGCAGAUACAUCACCAGGGGCCCAUGGACCAGAGUGCUGGAAAAGCUUGGGGCAGACAAAGGUCUCAAGUUGAAAGAAAAAUUGGCCUUCGUCGGCUUCAAAGGCAGCUUCCGACCCACCUGGGUGACCCUGGACACUGACGAACACAAGGCCAAAAUCUUCCAAGUGGUGCCCAUCCCCGUGGUGAGGAAAAAGAAGUUGUAAGGACAGCUGCCACUGUUACCAUCGCGGGCUGGACUCCUACAGCAGCCGGGGACAGGAUGGCUGGGUCCCCUGGUUUUCAGCCCCACUGGGCUAAGGGACGGAUAUCGAAGACCUUGGUGCUGCCUGCCCCUACUCCAGUCUACCUGCAGCACCCGGGCAGCGCUGGCUGAUGCUACAACCUCCUUUUGGGUGCUUCUCUCCUGUCUGUGCCUCGUCAGGAGAGGCAUGGGGACCAUACAAAGAGACCUGGGUUGUGCUGGCAGCGAACGGCCACUCGGGCAGGAAUCUGAACCCAGGUAGGCGGUGGCUCAGAUGAUGGGACCACUCACAGAUUUCCACAGCCACUUGCAGACACAUUAAGUGGCAGAUGGCGGGGAGGCCAUCUUGACUCCUGUAAUCGAGGAUAGGGCUUCUUGGGAUUAGGAGCUGGCUGCAGACAGAGCUGGCCAGGGUGGCAGACUGUGCUGGAGAGGAGAUGGAGUCCUCUUCUGAAGAGGCUCCCCUUUCGAGAGACUUCAGCUGGCACACUGGAGUGGGGACUAGGUGGCUACUGGAGGACCUCCCUGGGAUGGCAGAACUCCACAGUGUUUUGCUCUGUGCCUGGAGUCCAGCAGUAGAGGUAAUCCUUGUAGCUGACGUCUCUGCUGGGAGUGCCCUUGAUACAGGGGAUAGAGAGGUGAGAGCUCGCACCUGGGGACCUGGGGUCAGCAGAUGACAGGCAGCCAGGUCUCGGUAUACUCUGAUACCAGGCUGAGAGGCCAGAAGGAAGUGGCACAGUUGACCAGUGGUAGAUGAGGGGACGUUCACACCAUCCAGGAACGUGGGGGAAGGCUUCUUCUGGGCUGCCUGGGUGCUGGCAGGAGUGAAGGACAGAGAUGGUAGAGAGA